GGACUUGAGUCUUGGCGUGGGGGGGGGGGAGAGGCUGAAAGUGGGCGAGAGGGGCGCCUGGUGGGAACGGGCGGGAGAGCCACCCUGCUCUGCCCGCGGAAAGUCCCCGCCUCCCCCACGCCGGCUGCGAUCUCCUCCCCUGCGGUCCCCUCUUCUCCUCCCACCUUGACGUCUGGAACUGGCAGCCCGGCCGGUUCCGCAUUCCCGACCCCUCCCCGCAGCGCAGGGGCUGCUAUAUAAUAGGGGCUGAUGCAACCCACCCAGCCGUCCGACCCAGCCUGCGAGAGGGGCGAAGCGACUUGCGGCGAAGGCGGGGCUGCUGCUAGCCAGGCGUGCCCGCGGCCGCAGGGAUCGGUCCCGGGACCAGGCUGAGCUCGGCAAGACGGGCCUGGGGAGAGAAGGCGAGAGUCGCUCCCGGAGCUGGGCGGCGGCGGCGGCGCUGGAGGACCUGAGCGUGCGACUCGCCUCCCGCUGCAGCCGGGCCCCGGGGGCACCUUUUCCGUCCCUCCGGUUCUCACAGAGGAGAGAGAGAGAUGCACCUUCAGUGGUCCUUCAUCCCCAACUUGGCCAGAAGCAGAGGGGAAAAGUGCUCCCCUCAUGCUGCCCAGGACUACUAAUGGGGUGUGGAAUUGUGUAUCUUGCUAUGAUGCCAGGGCAGAUUCCAGACCCAUCCUUGACAGCUGGCGCUCUGCCUGGCCUUGGUCCUUUGGCAGGGUUACCUGGUACUACCUUGACAGCAGAGGAACUGAAGUAUGCUGACAUUCGCAGCAUUGGGGCCAUGAUCUCACCACUACAUUUCCUGGAGGUGAAACUGGGCAAGAGGCCUCAGCCAAUGAAAAGUGAGCUAGAUGAGGAAGAGGAAAGGAGGAAAAGACGCAGAGAGAAGAACAAAGUAGCAGCUGCUCGAUGUCGGAACAAGAAGAAGGAGAGAACUGAAUUCCUUCAGCGGGAAUCUGAGCGCCUGGAACUCAUGAAUGCUGAGCUGAAGGCACAGAUAGAAGAGCUAAAGCAGGAAAGGCAGCAGCUGAUCGUGAUGCUGAAUCGCCACCGUCCCACCUGCAUUGUUCGGACAGAUAGUGUGAAAACACCAGAGAAUGAAGCCAAUCCACUGCUGGAACAGCUUGAGAAGAAAUGAAAAAAAAAACCAUGGUGGGCAAGGCGUUGCACAAACAGGGUCUCUGAGAGUCUCUCAUCUAAUUACUGUAUGAUGAACUGUGCACUGUCAAGAUAAGUGCAGUCAGGACUAAGGAGCUUCCUUAAGGAUUGCACAUUCUAGAUAAAGGAAGAGAAGAAGGAUCAAUGGAACACUGAAGUGGGAAGCUUCCUUUGCUACUAAGAGGUCAACUUGAGUGGAUGUGGUGGCCAUUGUGAAGGCUUUCCUGGUUGUCCUUGCAGUACUUCAACUUGUGGAAAAUCUUUUAAGCAGCCCAUUACAGGCCUGCAUUCCAAGCCUGGAACAUUUUGGGACACUGGGAGGGUAGCAUCAUGGUUCUUGCUACUUCUCUUCUCACAGCGAAUGGUUAAGAGUUAGUAGGGAUUAAGUGGAAGCUAUCAACAGGCAAAACUGGGCAGACAAUAGUUCUUGUAUUCUCCCCAUUUAGGACCUGCCAUGUGCUCUCUCUUUCUUCUUUUCUCUCUCUCACUCCUCUCUCUGUCUCUCUGUCUCUCUCUCUCAGAACUAAACCAGAAACCAAGAAUGGCAAACACUUGACACAAGUCCUGCCUCAUUGCUGGGCCUGUCUGUGGCACUGUGGCGCAGGCGCCCCCACAAGCACACCCUCAGUAUAAUGUUUACAGCCCAGCUGUCCAGAGGCCAUGCUUUUAAAAUGCACAUUUUUACAGUUUUUAAAUAUUUUUUUAUAAAAGUUUUAUACAGUCUCUAUACGGAUUUAUAUAAUCACUUGAUGUGAUCCAAUAGAAAUGUACGUUAUUAUGGUCUUUGUUACAAAUAUAUAUGCCGCAGUUAUCUCCAUUGUGUUAUUUGUUUGGUGGUGUCCAGUCCUUUCCCUCGGCAUGCUGGGAAAAGGGUCCUGUGCCUUUAGACUGGCUCCACUGCCAUGUCCAUCCAUGUACGUCCUUCAUAAUAUUCAGUCCUGUAUCAGUAAAUGUUAACUUUUACUUA